AUGGAAAAAUUUUGGCAUGUAGAGGAGCCUAUCGCUGCGCCCGACAGUUUUACUGACGAGGGUCGAUGCGAAUCUAUUUUUCGCGACCAAUUCACACGCUUACCGACAGGUCGGUUUUCAGUACCGCUACCGUUCCGUGUACCUGUAUCCGACACCGCUUUCGCUGGCUCGCGGGACACCGCCGUACGACGUUUCGAGUCUUUAGAGCGCAAGUUAUCGAGAGACCGAAAACUCCGAGAACUGUACAUUAACUUUAUGCGCGAUUAUAUAUCAUUAGGGCACAUGUCAAUCGCCACGUCGCCGGGAACGUAUUAUAUCCCGCACCACGCCGUGUAUCGGCCUGAAGUUGAUAGUAAUAAAAUACGUGUAGUGUUCGAUGCAUCAGCGGGUAAUCAUCGCGGGCAGUCGUUAAAUAGUUGCUUAUCACCCGGUCCAAAAUUGCAACAAGAUAUUGUCGACAUUAUUACGCGUUUCCGGUUGUACCGUCAUGCCUUUACGGCUGAUAUUGAAAAAAUGUAUAGACAAAUAUCUGUGUUACCGACCUACCGAAAAUAUCAACACAUAGUGUGGCGCGAGUCGCCCCAUGAUAAAUUGUGUGAUUACGAACUACAUACUGUAACAUACGGCGUAAAUUGCGCGCCGUUCCUCGCGCUGCGCGUGUUAAAAGCAAUAGCGGCCGAAGAUUGCGAUAACUUUGUGUCGGUACGCGCGGCAUUAGAGCGUCAAACGUACGUCGAUGAUAUUUGUGUCGGGGCGGAUACAGAACAGGAGGCUGUCGAACUCCAAUCAAAUUUAAUCUCCGUUUUAAAAAUGUCCGGUAUGGAAUUAAAAAAGUGGUCGUCCAAUACGCCGUCAAUUCUAAAUUUAAUUCCAACCGAUAGUCGCGCGUCGGGACCACUUCCGUUCGACACAGGCGAUGGGUAUAUCACGAAAAUGCUAGGGAUCGAGUGGCAUCCCGAUCGUGAUGAAUUUUGUUGUGCUCUCCGUCUUGACCAACGCCGGUGUUCACAAAAAGAGGCCUGUUGUCACUAG